AUCAAUCGAAUGGUGACAGUAGUAGUGAUGAAAAACAACAUCAAUCACAAUCAUCGGCAAUGAUUAAUAAUAAAUUACGGAAAUCUACAAUGAAACAGCAAGAGGAAAUUGAUGAUUUAAACCACACCAUCAUGGCCAAUAAUAAUAAUAAUGGAUCAAAAUCGAAUGAUGAUGAUGAUGAUGUGAUAAAAGAAAAUCCAAUUACAAUGAAAGAAAUGAAAGGACAUUCAAUAUCCAUCUGUAUUAAUUCAGCCGAUGAGUUGGAAACAAAAAGUGAUGGUGAUGAAGAAAUUGUCACUAUUAUGCAAGAAUCAAACAAUAAUAGCCAGUCAUCGGUGGUAAAUGAAAAUGUCAUUACUAAUUUAUCAAAACAAUUUAUUGCUGGAUUAAAAAUCAACGAUACAAAUGAAUCGAUAAAUUAUGUUGAUAAAAAUCGUGAUAAUUCUGUUUCACCGAAAUCGGCACACAGUUUAGAUGGUAGCCUAAAAAAACGUUCAAAACCCUUGAUUCGAAGCGGUGCUGUACGUGAAUCGAGUUUAUCGCCAUCACCACCACUACCGCCACCACCACCAUCAUCAUCAUUGUCACCUCAAUUACCUAAUGGUAGUAAUGAAACGUUGAAUUCGGUGAAAAACACUGGAUCAACAACUCAUUUGACGGUAGGUUACAGCACCACCGUUUGUGGCAGUAUUACCCAGAACAGUAGCGGAAAUAUUACAGCGUCUGGUAACAACAUUAGCCAGCCGACUAGUUUAACAACAAGCAGUAAAAAUAGUUCCAUAAUUAGUAGCAAUGCAUCAUCGCCAAGUCUUUCAAGAGAUUCAAGUAGUGAAAUUCAAGAAAUGUCCGUCAGUGAAGCAAAAAUUUUUCUUACAGAAACAUUGAAAAAAGGCAUAAAAGAUCGUCAAUUUCUAUACAAGCUAGAACAAGAUCUCGCACAAUUUCUUAAAGAUACUACACGUGAUACGUUGAAAAUUCUACAAGCAUCAUCCUACAAUCGAAUGUUGAUCCAUAAAACAGCUGAUUAUUAUCAGCUUGAACAUGCAGUUGAUCAUUCACAUACGUCGGUUGUUUUGACAAAAAAUUCCAAUACCAGACAACCGGAUGAAUUAUUCAAAGAGAUGAUGGCCAAAGAUCAACGAGAAGAAACAAAUGGACAGAAAAAAUCCAUAUUGAAACGGGAUUCAACAUCAUUGGAUGAUUCACCUGGUAGUUCAUUUGAUAAGGAUAAAAGUCCGGAUAAUUCGUUAUUAUUGAAUGGAGGUGGAAAUAGUGGUGGUGGUGGUGGUGGCACUGGAUCACUAUCCGAUUCAUCACGAUCAAGAUCGUUAGAAGAACGUGAAGAAAAUUAUGAAAAAGUGCGUGCAAGAAUUUUUAGCCAACAAGAUGCAGGGACUACUGAUUCUUCAUCAAAAUCUAAACUACAACUUCAAACUGGUAGUGAAGAAAGUUUCGACAGCAACUUGAUGCAAUCCCAACAACAGCAACAACCAGUUGAUAGUUCUAGUCUUCAAUCAAACAGUCAAAAUGAUAAUUGUGAUACAAAUGAAAAUGUAUUGUCGACUACAGAUACCAAUAUUACGAACGAUGUUGAUAAUAACGAUGAUGGUUAUGGUGAUGAUGUUGGCCAGAAAAAACAACCAUUAAUCAAUCAGAAAGAAAAUAUUAAUAAUAACAAUAAUAACAAAGAUAAUAAUAAUAGCCAAAUGAUGAUACAACGGCGUAAACCUCAAGGUUCGAAUGUUGGAUCAAUUUCAAAUCGUAGUGGCGGUAAAUCAUUGGGUGGUUAUAAUGGUCGUGUUAAUAAUAAGUAUCAUAAUAUGUAUCAUCAUCAUCAUAAUUAUCAACAUCAUAAUGCAGCACAACCGCCGUUCCAUCCGCAACAAUAUCCACCAACGCAACCAUAUUAUACUCACCAACAACAACAACAAUCAUACCAUCAACCAUCAUCAUCGCAUCAAUCUGCCGCAAUGUAUAGGCCUGCCAAUCAUCAUCAUCACAAUCAUUAUCAUUCGCAACGAUUUGCUAGUUCCAAUCAUCAUAAUAAUAAUAAUUCCAAUCAUCAGCAUCCACAUCAUCAUCAUCAUACAAGAGGUCCUUUUCGGUCGAAUGUGAUGAAUAAAAAUCCUAAAAAUAACCCUUAUUAUCAUACAAGUGGUGGUGGUGUACGUGGUCAUAGUAGUGGUGGUAGUACAAGACAUUCACAUCCAGGUACUAGUCAGCUUCAUUAUCAAGGUGGUGAUGGAAAUUUUGUUAACCAUCAUCGUAUGAAUAAUCCACCAUCGAUACCAGCUACCCAUCAUCAUCAACUAUCAAAUCAAAUGCCACCGCCACCGGCUUAUCAUUUGAUGGAACAACAACAGCCUAACCCUUAUACUUCUUAUUUACGUGUUCCAGGCGUUACAGCAUACAAUCCAUAUAUGGAUCCAAAUGCCAAUAAUCAAUAUCAAUAUUCGCAUUUAAUUCCAAAUGAUCAGUUGUAUGCAUACAUGAAUCAUCAAUCGACAAUGACUGGAACGGUUGGCGGUGGUGGUGGUGGUGUUAUACAACAGCCAAUGCAAUCAACACCAUUGUUGAAUAAUCCUCCAACACAUCAAAUCCUUUCACAUCAAUCCUCAACAAAUGUGCCUCCAAGUAAUUUGACUAAUAAUACGGCUAUUACUUCCACAACUGGACAACAAAAUCAUCAAUAUACUCUAUCUAUUGCAAAUGGUUAUCCAAUAAUGUAUGGUCCAGUUCAUGCUGCGAUACCUCAUGUGCCAUAUCCGCAUAGCCUUGUGCCAUCGCAAGCCAAUGUUUCUUCAUCGUAUCCGGUAAUAAAUCCAUAUGGAACGAUUGCAAUGAAUUUGAUUGCACCAACGAAAACGGAUGAACCAAAUGAUAUACAGCAAUCAUUGCAACAAAAAACUGGUAGCCGCCAAAAUCAAUUGGGUCCAAGUAAUCAUCAACCGAACCAACAACAACCACCGCCAAUGGAUACAUCAGGAUUAUUAUCAUCAUUUGAUCGAAUUGCUCAAGUACAUUAUCCACAUACAUACAAGGCCAAUUCGCAGCCACAAAAUACAAUACAUAACGUAUGUUACAAUAUACCACCACCUAAUGUCAACAUUGGUGUUGAGGUAAAAAAUUCAACAAUUACUGGUUCUAGCAGCAUUCAACCGAAUAAAUCUCAACCAAAAUGUCAACAGCAAUCAAUAACAGGACAAGGGAAUGGUGGAUAUUAUCAACAACAGAAACAAUCGCAGAAUGCCCAAUCACGAUCGAUGGCAAGAAAUAAAUUACCACAGGCAAACAAUCAGGAAAAUAAUAAUAAAUACUCAACAGCCGACAAAUAACUCGGUGAGUAGUAAAAUGCAAACAACAAAAUGAUAUUGAUGUUUGGAAUUGUUAUCCAUAUAUGAUA